AUGCUUCAGCAAGGAUACUACGACGUGACGCACUCCGAUAGCUGCACCGGUAGCGAAUCCAACAACAACACACCCUUCUCGGUGAAGGAUAUCCUCGGCAAUAUGGUCGAGUCCGGUGCUGGGACGGUGGACGGUGCAUAUCUCAACUGUCAAAUGGAAAGCUCAUCCGGUCACUUUUCGCCGUACGCCAACUACUCCGGCUACGAUCCAGCUUAUCACUCGUCGGAUCCGUACGGGGGGCUGAUACCUCACGGCUAUCUGCCGCAACCCCACCCCCACCACCACGAUCUCGGUUACGGACCAUCGUCGUACGACUUUACCAACCCGUCGGCGUCCGCGGCUCAAGGUUCCGGGCAUGGUCCGCCUCCGCACUACUCUCACGUGCAGUCCUUCGGCUACCACGCUAGUGGGUCCGUGUCAUCGGCAUCCUCGGCCCCAGCCGAGCUAGACCAACCUAGCUACGUCGGAUCGGGUAGACCAUCGUCUGGCGCACGUAACGCCGGAGACCAACAGUGCCACUUUCAGGCUCAGGACGUCCGAAGCAUCAUUCUGGACACGAGCCUGGAUGAGCUGCCGACACCGGUCAGUCCGAUCGGUGCCACACCGACCAAGCUGAAGGACGAGUGCUUCACGAGCCCGACGACCUGUGUCACGUCCGAGCACGUGCAGGAACUGGACAGCCUCUGCCAAAUGAACAACAACAACAACGAGGACGAGAUGCUGCAAAAAGAGAGCAACACACAACUGGUGACGUCAUCGCGCUGCGAGCUACGCAAGAACGGGAAACUGCGCUCGAAGCGAAAACCACGCAUCCUCUUCUCGCAAGCCCAGGUCCUGGAGCUGGAGCGACGGUUCCGCCAGCAGCGCUACCUGUCCGCACCGGAGCGCGAAACCCUCGCCAGCCUCCUGAAGCUCACCCCGACGCAGGUGAAGAUCUGGUUCCAGAACCGGCGUUACAAGUCCAAACGCGUCCAGCUCGAAACGGGGCCGCCGGGGCUGAAGAGUGACGCAUCGGGGCCACCGGGCGCCCAAUGCCCCUCCAGCGACUCCGGGUCCAGCGGCAAGGACUACGACGAUCUGAGCGUCGCCCUUGGCCCCACACAGGCGACAAUCUACGGGCCAUCCGCCGUGGGCUCCGUGAGUCUGGGCACCCCGACGUCCGGAGGGGCAUCUGCUCCACCGCCACCGUACUCCGCUUACGGGAUCCACUACUCGGACCAGUACGGGACACCUCCGCCACCUGCCUCGACGAACGCGUACUAUGACCAGAAAGGGGCCUACUGGUAG